CUUCGUUUGUUCACUGUUUGGCGAUGUCCUCGAGUCGUUUGAUGUGGGAGUUCCAGUUGAUGAGCUGUAUCUUGGUCUGCAGCGUGGCGGGGUUGACGUCCACCACAUUGAUGCCGCAGUUGUUGAUCACCGCCUGACAAACAAGAACAAACAACAUAUGACAGACAUCCCGCCUCCCUCUGAUCCAUCCAUCUUGAUAGAUGUUGCUCGCUGCGCUGACCGUCUCGGCACUGAGUCGCAAUCCAACGUCGUCGCCAGCAGCGUCCGCCAGCAGGCGCCGCAGAAACUCACCAUGGGCUACAGCAACGACCUGAAUCACACACACCCAUUGACACGUACUCCACUCCCUGUGUCGUAGGUCGUCAUUAAUGCAUUGCGUUUCCCUCCUUCCCUUCCUCCCUCACUCACCACAGGCGGCUGUUGGUCCGCCUGUGAGGCGAAGGCGGCGGACACGUCGAUGCCCAGGCGGGAUGCCAGCAUGGGUGGCUGUUUGGCGACCACAAUGAGGUCGUCGAUGGCGGCCCUCACUCGGGUGGCGAUGUCUAUGCCGCUCUCACCUAUCGACCCCAGACGGGCCUCACCCUCACCCAACCGCCAUGACGCAUACGUGCCUGUCCAGAGGGAGGGAAGGACAAAGAAAGAAGGAUGGGUGAAUGAAUGUAUGCACUAAUCAAAUCAACCAACGGAUGGCAGACGGUCACGUGGUAGGUGGGUGUUUCUCUCUUGUGUGUGGUCGUCGUUGAGUUGACUCACUGGUGAGUGAUGGUAGGCCGGAUGCGAUGCCCCUUCCCUCCAGCUCACCAAAGUCCACCUCAUCCAGGUCCUUGAACCGAAGCCGAGGCACAUCACGGUGACGCCUGACAGACCGACAGCCAGCCAGCCAGACAGACAGACAGACAGAUGGGCGUCUGUCUGUGUUGUGUGUGUGUGUAUGUUUGUGGUGCUGGCUGACGAGUGGACGAUGUCGGCUGUCUGCCCGGCGCGCAUCAUGGAUGACGACACGACCGCACGAACGUCCAUGCCCUCAAGCACUCCGGCGAGAGCUGUUGCUUGACGGACCCCUGCACAGCACACACCACACCACACCACGCACCGGCACAGGCACACAGACAUCCAAUCCACGGCCCAGCAGGUCAGUACUGUACAGACAUGCAAUGAAUGCAUCGUGAUCGAUCUGUCUGUCUGCGUGCUGUCUGUGCACUGCACCUUCAUCGUUGAUUGGCGCGUUGAUUCUCCUGCCUUGGAUGAGCCGCUCCUUAUUGUAGUCUGUCUGCCCGUGGCGACACAGCACCAGCCGCACCCACCCAGGCUCCACAGGGCCCAGCUGUGACCGAAACUCCUCUCCCAGUGAAGAUGAGCCAUCCGCUGCAGCACGAGCACCGGGCGGGGCAAUUAAGGAGGUCAGCAGCACCAGCGGCAGAGCGCUGCUCUCGGCAAGGAAGAGCCGUCGCGAAGAUGAGGCUGACGCGUCGCUGGGUGGGUCUGCGGACAUGCUUGGUGGUCUCCGAAGCUGUGAGUGGGUGCGAGAGGCAGCGGCAGGCAGGGGAAGUGUGGGAGUGAAGCCCAAAACUAUAGAUGUAUGGAGGAUGGCCAUGGUGCAGAACAGUAGUGGGAGAGAUGCAGAUGAGAGUGCAGUCAUCGCGAAGCGCGAAAAUUCCAGUCGUCCUUUGUGUGUGGAGGCACUGCAAG